AUGCCUCUGCCACCGCAGACGCACGCGCUCCGCCUCUGCCCGCUGCUCUCCACCAUCCGAUCCACACCACCGCGGGCCACUGCCGCAGCCCGCCAGGGCGCCUCGCCAGCGCUCCUCGUCGCCCGCUGCUCCUCCGCCGGGACGCCGUCAGCCGCCCAGGCGCUCAAGAUCAACUCGAUCCCGACCAAGCCAGUUGAGGGGCAGAAGACGGGGACUAGUGGCCUGAGGAAAAAGGUGAAAGUGUUCCAGCAGGAGAACUACCUUGCUAAUUGGAUUCAGGCUCUAUUCAAUUCCUUGCCCCCUGAAGAUUAUGUGGGUGCAACCCUUGUACUUGGGGGUGAUGGCCGGUACUUUAACAAGGAGGCUGCUCAGAUCAUCAUUAAGAUUGCAGCUGGAAAUGGAGUUCAGAAGAUCAUUGUCGGCAGGGAUGGUCUACUGUCAACUCCUGCUGUAUCUGCAGUAAUUCGUAAAAGAGAAGCCAAUGGUGGCUUUAUCAUGAGUGCAAGCCAUAAUCCAGGUGGACCAGACAAUGACUGGGGUAUUAAGUUUAACUACAGCAGUGGACAGCCAGCACCAGAGACAAUUACUGAUCAAAUUUAUGGGAACACACUUUCAAUUUCUGAAAUAAAAACAGCAGGGAUUCCUGAUACUGAUCUAUCCUGUGUUGGAGUUGUAAGCUAUGGUGAUUUCACCAUAGAAGUGAUAGAUCCUGUUUCAGAUUACCUUGAACUAAUGGAGAAUGUAUUUGACUUCCAACUUAUCAAGGAUUUGCUUUCUCGGCCUGAUUUCAGGUUCAUAUUCGAUGCGAUGCAUGCAGUUACUGGUGCGUAUGCAGGACCUAUUUUUGUUGAGAAACUUGGAGCUGAUCUGGACUGCAUAUUAAAUGGGGUGCCUCUUGAAGAUUUUGGAAAUGGUCAUCCAGAUCCAAAUCUAACUUACGCUAAGGAGCUUGUUUUUACUAUGUUUGGAACCGAUGCACCUGACUUUGGUGCAGCAAGUGAUGGUGAUGGUGAUCGGAACAUGAUUCUUGGGAAAAGGUUCUUUAUUACCCCAUCAGACUCUGUUGCAAUAAUUGCAGCCAAUGCACAGGCAGCAAUUCCUUAUUUCCAGUUUGGUACAAAAGGACUCGCGAGAUCAAUGCCAACCAGUGGUGCUCUUGAUCGCGUUGCCAAGAAAUUGAAUGUUCCAUUCUUUGAGGUUCCAACAGGCUGGAAAUUUUUUGGCAACCUAAUGGAUGCAGGAAAAUUGUCUAUUUGCGGAGAGGAAAGUUUUGGGACUGGAUCUGAUCACAUUAGAGAGAAGGAUGGCAUCUGGGCUGUUCUGGCUUGGCUUUCCAUACUUGCACACCGGAACAAGGAUAAGAAGGUUGGAGAGAGAUUAGUGUCAGUGGAAGAUAUUGCUAAGGAGCACUGGAAAACCUAUGGCAGGAAUUUCUUUUCUAGAUAUGAUUAUGAGGAGUGUGAAUCACAAAGUGCAAACAAGAUGAUGGAUCACCUUAAAGAUGUUAUUGCAAAUAGCAAGCCUGGAGAGAAAUAUGGAGAUUACACCCUCCAAUUUGCUGAUGAUUUCAGCUAUACUGAUCCUGUAGACGGUAGUACGGUAUCAAAACAAGGACUUCGAUUUGUUUUCACUGAUGGAUCUAGGAUUAUCUUCCGGCUUUCGGGAACCGGAUCUGCUGGAGCUACUAUCCGCCUCUACAUAGAACAAUUUGAAUCUGAUAUCUCAAAGCAUAGUCUCGAUGCUCAAACAGCUCUGAAGCCUUUAAUAGAUCUGGCUUUGUCUGUUUCAAAGCUCAAGGACUUCACAGGAAGAGACAAACCUACUGUCAUAACAUAA